AUGAAAACAAAUAUGGACGUUUUUUAUAAUUCGGAUGACGAGAAAAUUGGUACACAAAAAUCUGAUUACGUUUUAUCGGAACAAAUUUUAGAUUCGUCAAUUUUUAUCAAGUUAACUUCAAUUAUACUGAUAAGGGCGGGUUUGUUUUUAUCACACGUGAGUUCGGUACCGAGUAGCAACAUACAAACAUUAAUUUUUCAAAACAUUAUUGAUUUAUCGGUGAACACUGUCGUGUACGGUAUAAUUGGAUACCUGUUCGCUUACGGUGACGAUUACGGGGGUUUCAUAGGUUUGGAUAGUUUUUUAAGUGAUAAAAGUGAUAAGAAUAAUUUUGCUGAGGGUUGGAUAAUAAUAGUUGCCGUAUCCGGAUUACUCAUUGUCGCCAUAGGUGACAGAAUAUCAUUUUUCGCGAGUUUCAUAUUGAACCUGUUGAUAUCCGGUGCCGUUUUCCCCAUACUAAUACAUUGGAUCCUAUCGAGUUCGGGAUGGAUGAGAGGUUUUGUUUUCAACAAAGUCAAAGUUUCAUACAAAGACUACAGUUACGGAUGUUUAAUACACAUGUCCGGCGGUUUUCUUUCCUGUCUGAGCAUGCUCGUAAUGAACAAGAGGAUAAUGAGGUUCAAAGACAUGGAUAUAUGUUCGAUACCCGAUAACGGACCGAGCCUGACCCUUUUCGGUAAUUUUUUAAUGCUCGUUGGAUUUUUCGGUAUAAGCAUACCGACGGAAAAUUAUUUGCUCGGACAUUUAGAAUAUAAUUUUUACGGUAUAGUUUUAACGAACAUGUUAUUAUCGGCGUUCGGUUCUAUGGCCACGGCUCUUUUACUCACGUUCACGUGUCCCUGCGAACCUUUACACAAAUGGACGGGUAUGAGAUCGAUGCAGGCGAGCAUGGCGGGUGUCGCCGUUAUAGCAUCGGGUGCGGAUGUGUAUUACCCGAUGGCUGCUUUACUCAUCGGUCUUUGCAACGGUGGAAUUUAUUUUUUCGUUUCUUUCAUGAUAAAUAAUUCCCCCAUAGAAGAUUAUUCGAACGUGAUCGCGUGUCAUUUGGUGAGCGGGUUCAUCGGUACCCUUUUACCACCCGUUUUCGGUAUAAGAGAAGGUUUCAGUUCGAACAUUUAUUUUAAUUUUUUUCAUUUUAUAUGGCAACUCAUUUGUAAUUUCAUCAUAAUGAGUUUUAUCUUUAUCGUAUUCCUACCGAUAAUGGCACUAUUGGAUUACGGUUCGAUUUUGAGAUCUUGGGACGAAGAUAUUAAUCAUCGGAGAGCUAUGUUCGCAUCGAAAAGAAUGAAAAACGAUCCGAGUUUACCACAAACGAGCAAUCAUCGAACAUCGAUACAAAAUACGACGACGACGACGACAAACGCUCCCAAAUCAUCUCAAAAUAAAACUCAUACUAAAGAACGUUCUAAAAAUAAAGAUGUCACGAUUCAACAAGAAAACGUCGACGUUUUAUUCGAUAAAUCCGUCAUUUCGAACGCUACCGAUAAAGAGUUAAAAAGAUCAGCGAACGUCGUCGUUUGCGACGACGAUGACGUCGACGACGAUCUAAUACCUUGUUCUUCGAAUUUAAAAGACGGUAAUGCAUCCGAAAUAGAAAAUUACGAACAAAAAGACGAAGAGCUCGCAAUUAAUUACGUCGUCAAUUCGAAACCCGUCACGUUUUUCGAAGAAAUCGAUUUAAAUUCGAGGGAAAAUAGUCAGGUCGUGUUGAAAAAUUGCGGUGACACAUUCGAAAACGAAAAAUUUUUCGACAUACGACUCGUUAAAAGCAUAAAAAACAUAUCGGAUUCGAAAUUAUUUCAAAAAUUCAAAGGUAAUUGGUCUGCACCUAAAAAAAGAACGAGUUGGAACAAGGAGAGAAACGUUAAAUUCGGAUCAAUGUCGAACGUUUGGAUACCCGGAGUUAACGAUAUCACGUUCGAAACGCAAGUUUAA